AUGAUUAUUGAUUAAAAUCCAAAGUAGUAGUAGAAGACAGAAUAAAAAUAAUACGAAUUGAAUAAAACUUAAAAGUUGGGAAUAAUUAUGAAAAAUUUAAUAAUUAUAAAAAAAAUUAAUAUUUCCCACCCUUAAUUUUCUAUUUAAUUAAUAAAAAUGGAGGCUAAUUAAGUCAACGACUAAGUCAUAAAAUAGUUAUUAUAUUCAAAAAAGGUAUUAGUAUUAAGCAAAUAUUAGUAUAAAGAAUUAGUUGAUGCUGCAACAUAAUUGGGUUUAGUGAAAUCAUACUCGAAAAUGAAAUAUGAUGGGAUAAUUUAUUCAAUUGGAUAAAUAAUUUAAUUGUCUGUAGAUGGUAAUAGAGACAAGAAAACAUAUGGAAAAUUGAUAGGAUUUUGUAAUUUAUAAGUGGAUGAAUAUUUGAUACCCAUGAUCAAAGUGUAAAAGUAUAUUAAUAAAUUGGAAUUACCCUAAAAAUUAAAGGAAUUAUAAGAAGGAAUAAGUGAAUUUGAACUAUUUUAAUCAGAAAUAGAGGAGUGGUUGUUUUGCACUUAGAUUGAUCAUGAAAUAAAGUUAAUAUCAAUAAAGGAAUAUGAGGAAAUGACAAUUUAAAAUGAAAGAACAUAUUUUACAAGAGCUGAUUAUAAUGUAGAGAAGGAUAAGUUUACUCCUCCUAUUUCGAAAUGGACAAGAAUCUGUAUUUGUAAUUAAAUAUCAAAUCCUGAUAAAUCAUAUAUUUAAUGUGACAAAUGUUCUAAAUGGUUACAUUAUGAAUGUGCUGGUGUUUAAGCAUAAUUAGCAUAAGAUAUGACUUUUUAUUGUGCAAUGUGUAGAAAGAAAUGA